GCAAGAAAGUUAGCGACAUCUGGUGGCCAAUAAACUGAAGACGACUCUCGUGGCGUAGAAUACGCAUCCUGCUCGAAGAAGCGUUUGGCACUAUUCAACCGAGGGAAAAGAUCAUGUUAGCGGCGCCAAUUAGCACUUAUUGCAAAGUUACUGUCACCGCAUUGGCUAAUUGUCUAAUAUCAUCCUUUGCAUUGUGAAUGGGGACUAAUAUAAUGAUGCAGCCAUAACAAAGAGCGCUGGAUCCUCUGAUAAUGUUUGUUAUUAAUUGUGCGUUUUUUCUUACAUUAUGUCAGCUUCUGUAACGUCUAUCAAAAUGUACCAAAGAUCUAUAAUGACUAAACCGCAACAACAGAUGAUUUUACAGUACAUGGAAAAACAUCCAGACUUAUUCAGAGGAAAAAUAACCAAAGAAUUUACUCCUCAAAUGAAGCUAGAAAUGUGGGAAGACCUGGCGACUCUUUUAAAUGAGCGUGGCCCUUGUGUAAAGACUACCGAAAAAUGGCGGCGGACUUUUAUAGACUGGAAAUGUGCUGUCAAGAAAAAAGCAGCUGAGAUUGCAGCAGUGGAAAAACAGACUGCAGGAAGACCAGUAAGCGUUAAGGAACUCAGUGAUGAUGAAAUGAGACUUGUUAAUUUAAUGAACAAUGCAGCAAAUGCUGAAAUAGAGGCAAUGAAUGAGACAGAUGAAGAAAUUCUUACUUUUCCAGGAAUACAAAUCAGCCAGGUUUACUCUAAUUGCAUUCCAGUCAUAGAUCCUGUACAGAUGAAUUGGGAACCUCCCUCAGAGAUUACUUCAACAAAUAUUUUGGAAACACAGAUAAAACUGGAACCAACUGAUUCUGUGAAGAAUUUAAAUAAAAACUUGAUUGGGGAUGGGCUCAUACAGAAAAGCAUAGACCCUACUUCAGAACCUGCUUUAGGAAAUGUUUUGGAAGCACAAGUAAAGUUAGAACAAACUGAUAUCUGUGAUACAAAUUCAACACCAAUAAUACAUAAAAUUACAAAUGAGAACUUCGUUACAAAUGAAACUCCACAAAAGAACUUAAAACCUAUUUCAGAAGCAUGUGUGGUAUUGGAACAAAGUGGAACCUUGAGUGAAAAUUCUGAACAAGUGACGUAUGCAGUUGCUAGUAACCACCCAAAUGGAAAAGAACCUUUGCAAAAUCUAAAACUUACACCAGAGAGUGUUUCAACUCAUUCUUUUCAAACACACAUGAAGUUAAGGCCAGUGAAUGGUUUGAGGGAAAAUUCAGAAAAGGAGGCUUUUGAAAUUACAAAUCAAAAUUCAAGUGCAAUUGAACCUCCUCUGAAGAAACUGAAACCUGCUUCAGAGACUGUUUUGACUACUGCUUUAGAAGUGGAUCAUGAAAAUUUACGUAAAAUGCCACGAGUAAUUACAAAUGGCAACUUACACCCGCCACGAAGGAAACUGAAACCUUCUUCUUCGGUGACUGCUUUACAAAAUGUUAUGGAAGCACAAAUAAAAAUGGGAAAACAAAUGGAUACAUUGAAUGAAAACUUAGAAAAAAUGACAAAUGCCAUUACAGGACUAACAAAAGCUAUUACAAAUUCCUGCCAGUUAAUAUUUGCAGUUUUAGAUAAAAACUAUGCUAUUCAAAAUAAAAAUUAAUGAAAGAGGAAAAAAAA